AUGGGAUUACCAUAUGGACCAUUUGCUGGAGAAGUUGAUUCACCUAAUGAACAAUCCAUUCGUAAUAUUAUUCAUUGUAACACACUGUCAACAGCACUGAUGACUAGUUUAGUUCUAUCGAAAAUGUUAACCCAAAAAGAGCUUAAUCCUGGUAUUAUUAAUAUUUCAUCUUAUGCUGGUUUAAAAAUAUUCCCUUAUGCUACAAUGUAUGCUGCCACGAAAGCAUUCACUUUACAAUUUUCCAAAUGUCUUGCAGCUGAAAAUUAUAAAAAACAAAUCACUAUACAAACAGUUUGUCCAUUGUCAAUAUCAACUAGUAUGACAAAUUUUCCAAAAACUACAUUUUUCAUUCCAACAGCUAAACAAUAUGUUAAAAAUGCAUUAGAUAUGUAUGGUGUAGAAUCACAAACUUAUGGUUAUAGUCGUCAUGAAUUAAAAGCUUACUUGUAUAAUCUAUUGCCUGCAUCAGUUUGGUUACAAAUGAUGAAAAGUCGUGGUGAUGCAACACGAAAAAAUCCUUAA